CUGGUCUUGUGUUUUGCAGUCGUGUCCUUUUCAGAGAAGCGUCAGCUCUGUGAGAUCUCUUCUUAAGUUUUGACUCGCUCACACACCGACGUGGACAUCGGCUGGAAGAGGGACUCGGGGUUUCAGCUCGCAUCAGGACUACAUAAAUAAAACACAAUGCCUGGACCAGCAUCAAGUGCAACUAAUGUUGGGGCUUCUAGCCGUUCCCCCAGUAAGACUGUGGCUCCCCGGGCAGCAGGCUCCACAGUCAGACAGAGGAAAGCUACCAGCAGUGGUACACGCAGCGGCGGCAGGACCACGGGAUCGGCAGGCACUGGUGGCAUGUGGCGCUUCUACACAGAAGACUCGCCAGGCCUCAAAGUCGGCCCAGUGCCAGUGCUGGUGAUGAGUCUGCUCUUCAUUGCAUCAGUCUUCAUGCUGCACAUCUGGGGAAAGUACACCCGCUCUUAAACCCCACCUGAUGACCUCUGACCCUGCACCUCAGCUUCUUAACACAUUGGAUCUGGACCAAACAAGCAAUGAACAACAACCUUACAUCCCCUAUCCACUAUCACUACAACAUACACGCAGACACACAAACUGGAUUUUUUAUGCCGCCGUUUCAUUACACGAUCUUCAUCUGAAUCUGAUGUUGUUUUUGUCUGCCCGUGUUUUGAACAUCUGAUCGGGCAAGCGGGAGGAAGCCAUGCUAGCCCACCUCAGAUCUGAUGUCUGUGUGGCCCUCCCUCUAAGCAGCAGCAGCAUGUGUUCCCUCCACUGCUGCAUGAAGGUUCAGUGCUGUGCUCAGAGACACUGUUGUUUUCAGGCCCCCAGCAAACAUUUCUCCUUGUAGCCUGGAUUGCAUUUUUUUUUGUUAACAGCAUUUGUACAAAAUGUGAUUAUAAUAUUGUACAAUAAAAGAUAUAAAAAUCAA